AUGCUCGUGGCAUUGACAUUGACCUCCUCUGGGGUGUUUUUCUUGCUGCUCAUUCCGAACCUCCCCCAACUGACUUCCAUGAUUAUUGUAGGCGUUUAUAUCCUAUUUGCCACUGCUAUGCCACCCCUCAUAGAUCGCUUGGUUUUGGAGGAUCUUACUGCAAAGGGAUAUUCGAAGGAUCUUUACUCUCGCCAAAGACUCUUCUGCACGAUUGCCUAUGGUAUCGUGACGUUUGGCGUUGGGUAUUUCAUAAAACUAUACGGCUAUCAUGUGAUGUUCAUCUCUCUCGCUAUUUUUGCAGCAGUAUUCGUUGGAUACACCCUUUUAUUUACGCGAGCAGAUCCUAAAUCAGAGCACAUCGAGUCCACUCAGAAUUCUGCUGGUGGUUCUUCCCCAGCCACCGCCAGUGAUGCAACUGGCACCAAGGAAGACAUUGAAGCACUUUCAGCCACCAAGGAGUCAAAGCCUUCAAUAUGGACGCUGCUUUCCGAUUUUAAUUAUAUUUUCUUCCUUGUAAUUAUCCUGAUCAACGGAUUUGCCCGUUUUUUCCUGUCGUUUUUCUUGAAUUUGUAUUUUACAGAAAAUGUAAAAAUGAAUCCUGUUCAGUCCUCAAUCGCUGCCAUCAUGGGGCUUCUUUUCGAGAUUGCAAUAUUUUUCAAAGCAAAGGAUCUGCUUUCUUCACUUGGAAUACAUUGGAUGCUGAUUUUGGGCCAAUUGGCUAUGACUGUUCGUCUGUGGAUCUACUAUGUGAUUCCACCACGUGUCGAGUUCCUAUAUGUUUUCUUGUGUGUUGAGCUGCUAAAGGGAAUUAACUUUGGAUUUAUUCAGCCAUCUGCAGUCAAGCUGUCUUCCCAAUAUGCGCCACCGGGACUUAUGGGAACUUGCCAGGGAAUCUACAAUGGAGUUUUCACUGGGCUUGGAGGCUUUACUGCCGGCAUGUUUGCCAAGCUGUUUAUGACGCCCACCAAUUUUGCUUCUCUUCUUUUGGUUGUUGCCUCUAUUUCCACUGUUGGUCUAGUAUUAUUCAUCGUUAAAUAUCUUUUGAUCGAUAAAACAAUUUCUCUUCCAUUUAUCUCUGCUGCGAAACCCGCAAAACCACCAUCCACUCGACUCCAAACCGCCGGGGGACAGAACUAA